AGCAUUAAUGGAAGAUGUAAACUCCUAUUGUAGCUCAGCAGAACCACAAGCGAUGUGAUACUUUCCUUGGUUUAUGCUGUCGAGAACCACAUCUGUUUGUCUGUAUUUCAGUGUUUCAGCUGAAAGCAGCAGGGAAAGCAAUCCAGUUGCUUUCAAAAUCACUUCAGCAAAUGGCAGCACUGCUGAGGGUUAGUCACCUGCUCGUGCUUGUCGAGGGCUGGUACGGUAAGGUAGACAAACUGGAAAACCUAGUCUUGCACUGUGGAGUUGUGGAGACGACGCAAAUCGAUACUUCCUCUCCCUCCUUUUCCUGCUUGGCUUGUGCAGAUGAUGUUAUUUGUCUUUCCAAGGAUUUCCCCUUACUUACUGACGUUUUGAGAUCGCUCCUGUAAAAGCUAUCCCAACUCUCUCACUGUUACAGUCUCCAGCUUCAUACCAGAACUGCUACUGGCACAAUUACAGCUGAAACCAGAAGGAAAUGAGCUGGCUCCGUGCUUGCUACAGAGACAGAGGUCCUCACACAGAAACAGAAGCUAUGAAAAGGCAAAGCUCUGAUGGGGAGCAUGAGGUUAUUGAAUUGCAAGAAGUUAAUGGGGAGGAAAGUACAGCUGAUCAUAAAAAGCCUCUAAAUUCUCCAGCACCUGCAACGAGCAAGGAAAGAGAUCAGUGGAAAUCAUGCAGGAAGAUAAUUUUCUGGAAAUGUAAACUAUGGAUGGUUUUAACUACAAUUUUUGUUAUUUUGUUCCUGGUCAUUCUCAUCAGUCUAGUUCUAUAUUCUAAUGUUUACACAGAUGAAGAUGAUUAUUGGUAUACAGAUAUGCUGCAGAAUCAUCACAAUUUUUCUGGAAAGUUCAACUUACUGUGUGGUCUUCCACACCUUUUCUCUGAAGACAUUACUAAGAGGAUAACAGAUGUCUACAGCUCAUCUCCAGCUCUAGGACGCUACUUUAGGUCUGCUAAAGUGGAUGUCAGUAAUGAAAGCUCCACUGUAUUUUACCAACUAGAGUUCUUUGUACCGCCAUCAACAGAGGGGUUUAUGGAGAAUGUAAUGAACCCAGACUUUAUAAGGAAUGUUCUACUUCAAAAUAUUUAUGAUGAAGAAGAUACUUCUGAUCCCGAGGUAUCUGAAUGUACCAGGUUAAAGCUUGACCCAGCUUCUCUCACAUCAAAAUGAAAAUAAUGGACAGAUUCCUCAUCUUCCUUACCUCCUAGAAGAGGUGGUCUUCUACUGUCUUAGUGAUCUCAGGUUAGGGAGUCAUUCAACAGGUGGAAACACUUCUAAAGAUGUUGUUCUUUAAAUGAAAAUGUGGUAUUGGUAUGAGAGUGCUUUACUCCUAGAACAUUGCUACCUCCUUUAUUUUUGUGUGGAAUUAUCGGUAAAUUUCAAUCUUGUGAAACUAACAUUUUGCUUGAAUAGGGCUCUGUUGGCUUCCAAACCUCUAAUUUUUCUUUUUUCUUUCUUUUUUUGUUAUUUUGUUUUUAAUGAAUAUGGAUUACUUGAAUGAUCUGUUAAGGCAAAUGACUCAUUUCUUCUGCUCUUGGCUUAUAAAAAAUUAUCUGCACAACCUCAUUCUUAAUGCUUACGUUCACCCAUUCUCAUGUCUUUUCCUUUUCUUCUCUGCCAGCUUCACCUGCCAUAUCUCUCUAGUACUCUUCUCUCUCAAAACAAUCUAAAACUUAAAUAUACUUUCUGCUUUCUUUAAUUACUUGCAAAACUUUUGCACUUCUUUCUUAGGUGAGUUAGUACUCACAUCAUCCCCUUGUUCAUCCUAUAGUCUUCCCAGGGAAGGUGGUGUCUGCUCUGUUUUUCUCAUCUGUUAUGUGAAAUAGAAAUGAAGAAGGAAGAAGCAUUGGAAAGACUCUAAUGCAUCUGAAUGCUGCAGCAAUCUUUCAGGGGUCAAAUUAGUUGUGUACUUUGGUAAUUAAGUACUGGUUCUUGUGAAAAGACAUCUGUUGGAUUCACAUCUCUAAAUUCAAAGGAAAAUGAGUCUCUGCUCUACUUAUACCUCCUGCUCUGGCAGUGAUGGGGGGGG